CAUUGUCUUUCUCUGUCAACUCUCUCACACAACUUCACUUUCAUCCUUUCUCUUUAUAAAUCAAGUUAGAGAGUAACUUCAUCUGUAAAUUUAAGUUCUGACUAUCACACCUAUUGAGUUUAAUUACCUCUCAUCACUUUUCCAUUUCAUUUAUAUUCUACCAAAUCACAUAAACAUUCUUAUAUGGGGAUUUACUCUAUCAUUCCAAAAUCUACCAGCAUUGCUUUUGAUCAAGGUUUAGAGCCAAUAAUACUGAAAUCUGCAGAUUCUGCAAUUCCUAUUCGACAAAACUGGUGGAAGCUUUUAGAUUCUGCUGAACUAAAACGAAGCUCUAUAUCUUUCUUUGACGUUGAGAACCAUGAAACUGCCAUUUCGCGUUGGUCUAGAGCUAGAACAAGAGCUGCUAAGGUUGGUAAAGGUUUAUCAAAAGAUGUUAAAGCUAGAAAACUUGCUUUGCUGCAUUGGCUUGAAGCAAUUGAUCCACAACAUCGAUAUGGACAUAAUCUACACUUUUAUUAUGAUAAAUGGCUCAAGAGUCAGAGCAUGGAACCCUUCUUCUAUUGGCUAGAUAUUGGAGAAGGAAAGGAAACAAACCUUGAAAAGUGUCCAAGAGCUAAACUUCAACAACAGUGUGUUAAAUAUCUUGGUCCAAUGGAAAGGCUGUCUUAUGAAGUUGUUGUGGAAGAUGGAAAGUUAAUCUAUAAGCAAUCAGGAAAACUUCUUCAUACUGUAAAAGAAGGUUCACGUUCCAAGUGGAUUUUCGUCCUAAGCACAUCUAAGAAUUUAUACAUUGGUAAAAAGAAGAAAGGUUCGUUUCAGCAUUCUAGUUUUUUGGCUGGAGGAGCUACAUCUUGUGCUGGAAGACUUGUUGUUGAACACGGUGUCUUGAAGGCUGUUUGGCCUCACAGUGGUCAUUAUCGUCCAACAGAAGAGAAUUUUAAGGAAUUUACUUCAUUUCUUGAAGAGAAUAAUGUGGACCUUUCCAGUGUGAAGAUGGCUCCAGUUAAUGAUGGAAUACACACAUCUGAAGAGGACUUAACUGGGAACAUGAGUGGUUUAGAGGAUGAAUAGAGAAGGCCAAUUUGAUUGAAAUUGAAAAUGUGUCUGCACUGCACCUAUGACAAGAAAAUUCCAGAAUUUUGGAAAAGUUCAACUAAGUUUAUUCCUGUGACAAGUUCUUCUUUUAUUGGUUUAUGUAAAUAGAGAAGAUAUGGGAAUUUUUGUCAUUCUUUCCCAUUAAUUAAUUCAUGUAGGUAAUUUUCAUUUAUUUAUUUCCUUAUACUCAUACAUAUAUAUAUAUUGUACAAAAUGAAACUGGACCAGUUUUUGUAAGGUCCCUUGUAAUAUUUUGCAAAGGAAUAAAACCAUUGUCUCGCUAU